CUCACUCACUCGCUCAAUUGUCAUCGAUCGUGAGCGUGAGUCGACUGGUUGGAUUCUCUUUCUACUAAAAAUUAAACUUGGUUUAUUUUUAUAAUUAUUCAAUAAAUCAGUGAGCGAUCAACGUAACUCGUUACGAAAUAAAUAACCGUCAAGUCCCAUAAAUCUCAAUAUGCCGAACAUCAAGCUGCAGUCUUCAGACAACGAGAUUUUCGACGUCGAUGUUGAAAUUGCAAAAUGUUCAGUCACAAUCAAAACUAUGUUGGAAGAUUUGGGCAUGGAUGACGACGAAGAGGAAGUUGUGCCUCUGCCUAACGUAAAUUCCGCGAUUCUGAAGAAAGUGAUUCAGUGGGCUACAUAUCACAAGGAUGACCCUCCUCUACCAGAGGACGAUGAGAACAAAGAGAAAAGGACUGAUGACAUUUCAUCUUGGGAUGCAGAUUUCCUCAAAGUAGAUCAGGGCACACUGUUUGAAUUGAUUUUGGCUGCUAACUAUCUCGACAUCAAAGGACUUCUCGAUGUCACUUGUAAGACAGUUGCUAAUAUGAUCAAAGGAAAAACCCCAGAGGAAAUUCGCAAAACUUUCAACAUCAAAAAUGACUUUACUGCUGCUGAGGAAGAACAGGUUCGCAAGGAAAAUGAAUGGUGUGAGGAAAAGUAAACCUUAAUUUUAUUCUCUAUAGCUGUAAAUUGUACCUAAUCUUAACAUAAUAAUACAGUGUAAACUCUUUAAAACAGUCCCGAAUGGAUUUUUUUAGUUAUAUCUAGAGAAUAUUAUACAAUUUUUUUUAAUAUGAAAAUAUACUCUGCUCUAGGAAUCUUUUUUAUUGAAUUAUUGUGGUUGCUCUAUAAUAAUUUUAACACCAGAGUUGGUGAGAUCCACAGAACAGAAAAAUAAAGUGAGGUUGCUCAUCGACUCUACCAAUUUGAGAAGAAGAAUGAGUUAUAUCAACCAAACUAUAAGUUUAUAAUGAAGGUAAUAAACAGUUUACACUGUCAUUAUAAAUAAUUUGAUUUUGUAGCUCAGAAACUUGUGCAUAGUACAAAGAUCCAACUUAACACAAUGUACUAAAGAAUUUGGUAUAGAUUUGUAACUUUUUAAUCUUCACAGAUUCUAAAAAACAUUUUUGAAUUUUGUGGGACAAUUAAUCUGAGGUACUACUUCGAAUUAGAGGGUGGGGUGUCUAUCAUAUAUGUAUAGGUAGAUAUUAUUUUUGCGUAAGGUAUAACAUACAAUAUACAAGUAUUAUAUGCUUAUUGAACUGUUAGCUUCAAUAAAACAGUCAUAAUUCAUUUUAAUGUGUCAGGUUAGGAAUGUUGCACAUUUUAUUGUAUUUCACUGAUGAUUCUGAAUGACUGACUGACACUAAUAUGUAAGUACUAGUUUCAUACAUACCUACUUUUGUAUUUCACAUAUUUCACCUAAUUUAUGAGAACAUUUGGUUUCCAUUUUUAUACAUAUAUACAUAGUUUAUUCACUGUAAUAAUUAAAUGUUUGGCAUUGCCCAUUUCAAAUUAAAGUUAAGAAGACUUA